GAUGCUUCGCCCUCUACCGCACAGUGCCUCACGCAGUCACAAACUCCAAUAACAUGCCAGCACUCCACCACGGCCCCCAAUAGUCUGUAGCCGAACUACGGCUUCCGGCCACCCGCUUAUCCUCCGACCUGCACUGCUCGCCGCCGCCGCCACCCGCUUAUCUCUAGACUCUGUAUUGAUAAGUUGUCAGUUCUAGAAGUAGAAGCACUCUGUAGUAAUGUUUUGAUGAUGAGAAACAUCCUGCCACAAGUCAAGAAUGGUCUUCACAGGCAAUAUGGUCACAAGCAACUAUUCACUACUGCCGUGAGUAAUUCUCUCACCAUAAUGGAGUGUUUUCUUCAGCUUGCGGAUGGAAAAUAUUGCAUACUUCAAUACAAGAUUACUUGGUUUAUUUAGGUCUCGAAGGUGAAUAUGUAUGUGAUAGUGUUUUCUACUCCUUCCAUCCUAUUUUGUGUUACACUUUCCAAAAAAUCUCAAACUUAAGGAAUUGAAUCUGGGAAAAUAAGAAAAACCCCUGAAAUUACCUUGUUUUCAUUUAUGUGAGCGAUGGUAAUAAACAUUUCAGGAUGCAUUUUUGACAAUUCAAAUUAGCCUUUACUAAAUAUAGUUAUUGGACAGUAAAUUCCAGGCACCCCCAAAAAAGUUGAGAACAAAAUCAGGACAGAUAUCCUGCUUUUGGAAGUAUUAAAAGAGUUGACACACUCCCUCGGCAAGCAAGGACAUGUUUGGCUACCAGGGGAAUUCCCUGUAGAGUUUAUGCCAUAAAAUUUGAGCCAAAGUGGCUCUGUACUUUACUGCCAAAAUUUGGAAGGGGGUUACAGUGUAAUGAAGCUUCCAUAGAUGUCCUCAGUGCUGGUUCAUUGGGCAGGUUGGGGUCCCGGUCCUUCUCUAGUAUCCCUAGAAAAGCACUCUCAGACAGAGAAAAUGGCCACAUUCCUCAUGGUGUUAAUAAGGAAGUGAAUGUUGAGAUUCAAAGUUUACCUGCUAGCAAUGAACAAUCGUCUGUAACAAAAGGGAAAUUGAAGCAACGAUCAAGAAGUAAAAAGUGUGACAAUAAAUCUACUGAUGCUAAGGAUGAUGUUCCUCAACAAAAGAAGAGACAAACUGCAAAAAAGAAGCAAUCUCCUGCCAUUUCAGAGAUUAGUUCAACUGUCAAUUCGGAAGUAUCUGAUGAGAAGGUAUUGGGAAAGCAGCAACCUACAUCUUCCAAGAAAAGAAACCGCAGAAUGGGAAAGUCAAACACAGGAGCCACUGGUAUUGUAAAAUCAGACAACACACAAAAUUCUUCUUCAACAAGUAACUUGCAACAAUAUCAAAGUUUAAACAUCAACAGCGAAAUUGAGGCUCAACCUCAGGUUCAGAAAGUGUGGCCAACACUAUAUCCACCUACCAGUAAGUCCGUAUUGGUGGUUGAGUCUGUCACAAAAGCAAAAAUUAUUCAAGGAUAUCUUGGGGACAUGUUUGAAGUUCUGCCUAGUUAUGGCCAUAUCAGGGACUUGGCUGCCAGGUCAGGAUCUGUGCGACCCGAUGAUGACUUCAGCAUGGUGUGGGAGGUUCCUCCAGCUGCAUGGACUCGCCUUCUUGCUAUCAAAGGUGCAUUAACUGGAGCCAAGAAUAUUGUUCUUGCUUCUGAUCCUGACCGCGAAGGAGAAGCUAUUGCUUGGCACAUUAAAGAGAUGUUGCAGCAACAAGAUGCUUUACGUGAUGAUAUUACGGUGGCAAGGGUUGUUUUCAAUGAAAUAACAGAAUCAUCCAUCAAAAGUGCCCUCCAGUGUCCAAGGGAGAUUGAUGUGAAUUUAGUAAAUGCUUAUCUUGCACGGCGAGCUCUUGAUUACUUGAUAGGAUUCAACAUCUCUCCAUUGUUAUGGAGGAAACUUCCUGCAUGCCAAUCGGCUGGGCGGGUUCAGUCUGCUGCUCUUGCACUAAUAUGUGAUAGGGAAAUGGAAAUUGACAAAUUUGAGCCUCAGGAAUACUGGUCAGUUCAAGUUUCCUUUAUUCAAGUUUCCUUUAGUAAAAAGGACAACCCAGGCUCGGCUAACAACUAUUUCUCAUCACACCUGACACAUUACGACUCUCAAAAGCUAAAUCAGCAUUCCAUUCAUUCUCACUCAGAGGCAACGGAAAUAGAACAGAAGAUCGCUUCAUCUGUAUUUGAAGUUCUUAGUUCUAAGAGAUCUAAAAAGCAGAGAAACCCGCCUCCUCCAUAUAUAACUUCAACACUCCAGCAAGAAGCUGCUAACAGGUUGGGUUUCACAUCCACAUAUACGAUGAGGCUAGCACAAAAGCUCUAUGAGGGUUUUGAGCUGUCUGAUGGUCAGGCAACAGGACUGAUAACUUAUAUCAGAACUGAUGGAUUACAUAUUUCAGAGGAGGCUGCAAAGGACAUUCAGUCCUUUGUUAGAGGACGAUAUGGACAUAAUUUUGCAUCCACAAAUCCUCGUACGUAUUUUAGGAAGGUUAAAAAUGCUCAAGAGGCCCAUGAAGCUGUUAGACCCACUGACAUUUGUAGGCUUCCUUCAAUGCUGUCUGGGGUAAUAGAUGAUGAUUCCUUGAAGUUAUACACACUUAUCUGGUCCCGUGCAUUGGCAUGCCAAAUGGAACCUGCUACCAUAGAUCAGAUAGUACUUGAUAUUGGGAAAUCUGAUCAAUCUAUUGUUUUUCGUUCUACAUGCUCGAAAGUAGAAUUUCAAGGCUACCAGGCUGUUUAUGAGGACCAAGAAACAAUUUCAAUACGUAAAGAUGAAAAUGGGGACCAAGACACUAGUUUAAUACGUACGGAUGAAAAUGGAGAUGAUAUCCGGACUAAAAUAUUCGAGGUUCUAAGUGAUUUGAAGUCGGGGGACACACUGUUUCACAGCAAAACAGAAAUUAAUCAACAUUAUACUCAGCAUCCACCACGCUACUCUGAGGGCAGUUUAGUCAAGAAGAUGGAGGAACUCGGUAUUGGAAGACCUUCUUCUUAUGCAUCCACAAUCAAAGUGUUAAUGGAUAGGAAAUAUGUGACUGCAAAAAGCAGGAUACUAUAUCCUGAAUUUCGGGGACGUAUGGUGUCAGCAUUUCUUUCACAUUAUUUUUCUGAAGUGGCAGAUUAUUCUUUUACCGCUGAUAUGGAAACCGAACUUGAUAAUGUGUCUGCUGGGUUGACUGAAUGGAAAGGUCUGUUGAGAGAUUAUUGGUCUAGAUUUAGCAAGUACUGUGAACAUGCUGGUAAAGUGCACAUCCAUCACGUGGAGAAGAUGUUGGAAAAAACAUAUGGAGACUUUUUAUUUGCAUCUCUUCCACACCAUUCUAGGACAUGCCCUAGAUGUGAGGAAGGAACUUUAUCAUUUAAAGUCAGCAGGUUUGGUGCAGGCUAUUUUAUAGGCUGUGAUCAACACCCUAAGUGCAAGUACAUUGCAAAGACAUUGUAUGGUGAGCAGGAAGAUGAAACUGCAUCAGAUGAUAAUAAAAGUAUAGAUGAACCGAUAUUGCUGGGUGUCCAUCCAUCUUCAAAUGAAAAGGUUUUCGUUAAGAAUGGUCCGUAUGGAUACUACGUUCAACUUGGAGAAGACAGGGCAGGACACACACCCAAGCGAUCAUCACUGGCCCAAGUAAAGGAUAUCACAUCCGUAACCUUGGAACACGCCCUGGAUAUGCUGCGCUAUCCAGUUACUUUGGGGAAGCAUCCAGAUGAUGGACGAGACAUUAUCAUGAGAGUUUCAGUAGAAGGAUAUAAAAUCAGACAUAAGCGCACAAUUGCCUCAUUACCCAAGAGCAUGAACCCCAAGGAUGUAAACAUGGAAGUGGCCAUGAAACUGUUAUCAGGAAACAAUGUGAAGAUACUUGGACGAAAGAAAGCCUUAGAAAAGGCUGAGGUCAUCAUGUAGAACACACACACAAAAGGUUGGAUUUCAUUUUUGUAACCCAUUAAUUUUAGGGCUUAUCUCAUUAAUUAUAAUAAACCCCUUCAGGUUAAUUAUAAUUAUACAAUGAAUUUUUUGUUAAGGAAAUCCUUGCAGGACCCAUCAUAUUGUUCUUCAAGCUUUGAUUAUGUCCAUCUUGAAGUUGAUCAAUUUUAAUGGACAUCAACACAUCACCCAUCAGUCUACUCUUUAUCAAAUAAAUUACCCAAUUUUUUUAGAAGAGCAAUUAUUUUUUGGGUAUUAAUCAAGCGAGAUUGCAUUU